GAAAUCAUGGCUGUGAAGCAGUUUGUUUCAGCGUUUCUGUUUACUUUAUUUCUUGUGCCAAAAAGCAGCGCCUAUCUCGACGAAGGUGAGAAUUGUUUUGUUCUUAAUUUAUUAGGCUUGCUUUUGCAAGAGGAGCGAUAUUGAGGUGCGCGACUAAAAGAGAGAACAUUUUGGGAAAUAAGCCUUCUGAAUUCUCGGAAUUGCAAACAGUUACAAAUGAUGCGCGAGGUAAUUCUUGCAUUGCAGUAUCUAUAGGUACCUUAAGCAAUCGCAAUCAGGACAGCGACGCCAAGGAAUACAUCGAUUAAAAACCGAAUAUAUGUUUUUGCUAGUAUUUCUCGUAGUGCUGAAUAUGUUUACCGUCUGUUCCGGCGCCAUGCAUCAACUUCCGCAUAGGACACGUUUAGUGAGCAGUGUCGAAAUUCGAAUGGAGAUUGAAAUGAGACUAGGCAAAUUUUGGCGAUUUCACGUUGUGUUUGGUAGAGGACUGGUAGAAAUGUGUUUCAAAACGCACAAGCAGAGGUAUCGUCCUACUCAGAGUUACACCAUUUCACGAGUCAACUUCGAGCCCGGGUCACAUCCGAGUCACGAAUCAGGUUCUAGUCAACUUAAAUUUUUCCUCUCUCGUGAAGUAACAUCGUAAGGCAAUACACUAUUAUUGUAGCCAUUAAAAAAUUAAAAUGAAUCAAACAAACUCGCUUAUUUAACUAAGUUUUUCACCUGAAACUUCAGCUGAAACAGCCGAAUUCAUCACUUUCGAUUUCACAGGCCACAGACAACAAUUUCUGCCUUGUAAAUUGUUACUAAGUGCACCUCUCUCCAUCUCACAGAAUUAUCGCAAAGUUUACAAAACGUUCCAAAGGCUGCUAUUUUCCGUUGAGAUUGAACCACAACUGAUGCUCAGGCUACGAAAAAAUUUAGCUCGUCAACCUUCAAUUUCUCGUUUCUUCUUACGACUCAGCGCGUAUCAUACGUUAUGCACUCCAUACGUUAUGAAACAUGGCUCGCCUCGAAAAUUUUGAACAAUGAACACUCGUAUAUCACGAGAAAACCAAGAAGUGUUAAACAUGAUUAUUCUGAUGAAACAAACGUUUACAGAGGAAUAAUGAACGUUCUGCCUCCGGCGCGUGUAAUAAAAAAGAAGUCGGAAUCUAUCGGGGAAACUCAUAGACACCAUGGAAUGUUCACUUCUGCGAACGCAACUGUGAAUGAGUGCAGAUUUGACCCUCGCAAACGGCCGUGAAAAACGUUGAAGUUUAAAACUAGACGUUUUUGUACUCCUGCUACAUGAUUUUGACACCGAAAUAAAAAAAGAGAAAAAACCUAAAAACAAGAAAAAAGGAACAAUUUUAAUCGCACUUGACUCGUGAUAUUGUAUAACUUGUUUUGCUCAUUAGAUCUUUUGUUUUGCUAAGUCCUCGUUGCCGUCGCUGUCGUGAUUUUUGUAAACUAUUUAACGCUGCGUCUACUUCAUCAAGAAGAAUAUAACUUUACCUCGAAAUCACCGGGUUUAAGAGCAUUUUACUGAGUAGAUAGUUGAACGAUCCACUUUAUAACAACGCAGUUGUUAUGUAACCCUUUAACUCCCAAGAUCUCAUUAAUAAUUCUCCUUACUGUCUGCCAUAUAGUUCUUAUGAUGUCAGUUUGGAGAAUUUAGUAUUGGAUCAACUAAUAAUCCCCUGAUUAAUAUUUUUCUUUAUUCUCAUCACUUUUAUGGUUGAUAUUGUAUUGAUAUUGUAAGGAGAAAUUCUCUCUUCGUCACUCAGGGGAGGUAAAGGGUUAAACUCUGAAUUUUUAAUUGAGAAGGAGAAGUUACCACAUCAAAUAUAAUUCGAGCUGAAUUUUACCAGUUUUUGACUUCUGCCCUGCGGUGAUGUGGAAUUUUAUCUCGCCACAACAAAGUUUAAUGAAUUCGCCAACGAAAUACCACCUUGAGGAGCCAGCUGGUCUGAGAAUAGGUGUGGAUUUAAGGGCACCUAUGGGGCCAGUUUCUUCAGAGUCAUCUUGCAUGGUUUUUCGAAAGUCUUAACUUCAAGGGCCCGAGGGCAUAUUUUAGAACAAAAAAAAUUAAAGAAUAGAGAAGCAGAUUCUAGCACCCUAACCUUUCCAUUUUGUUUCCUUAGCUGACAGUUUUGUUGCAAAAUUUUAAAAAAAUUGAAACCCUCAUUUUGAAUGAAAACAGAACAGUUUUGCGUCUUUUACGGGCCUUCUAACCCAUUAACUCCCAGGAUCUCAAUAGUAGUUCUCCUUACUGACAGCCAUUUAGCUGUUGUGAUGUUAAUUUGGAGAAUCUGGUAUUGGAUCAACUAAUAAUCCCCUAAAUAAUAUUUUUCUUAAUUCUCACCACCUGUCUACUUGAUAUUGUAUUGAUAUUGUGAGGAGAAAUUCUGUCUUGGUUACUCAUGGGAGUUCAAGGGUUAAGUUGAUGAGACGUUCGAGAGACAGGUCCGAGCCAAAAACGAGCCAAAAUUUCAGAAGAAUACCCUCAUGCGGGAGUGGCUCCUCGCAUAGAAACCUGCAGCCUGCAGCCAGACAAUGACAUCUUCUCGUAUAAGAAAGAUUAAUAGUACUUAUUUUCUUUCAGAAUCUUCCACCAGAAUAAUAGAUGGGCUUAUUGUUGGGAUCGCGAAUGGGUUGGCUGACAAUGAUGGGUGUGUGUCAAUGGAUCUCCCAAGAGACUGCACCAUAACAAGCGACUGUUCUCAGAUCACGUGUUCCACGUCCUUAGGCGGGGAAAGUAGUUCUCUGACAGUUACUAUUAACAGGUACGAUACCAGCAAAUAUAGGUUGUGUCACAAUAUCUGAUCCCCUAUAAGGCUCUUUAUAUUCAUACGACCCCCCCCUCUUAAUUGGGGGCGGGGAGAGGGGGGGGGGUAGUCUUUAAAGGUAAGGACAAGAAUAAGCGAUAAAGUAAAUCAGCGUGUGACGUCAGGAUCGGGUCGAGUCAGGCCCAGGUCACGACGGUCGGUGGGGAGCAUUCUCGCUAUCGCACCUGUAGUAGUUCAUUUUUAUUUCCAAUCUCACGCCUGUCACUGGCUAUGAAAUGAAUAACUUUUUCACAGAUGCGAUGAACCAGUCACCGUGACCAUCCAUGUGAAGGUCAGUGGAGAAGAAAAUAUCGAUUGGACCCAUGUCUUCACUUCCGGUGAAGAGCUUCCUGUCCCAGGGCUGAAAGAAGCAAAGAUCUUCGGAGCAGAAUUGUACAUCAAGACCUCCAUAGAAACAAAAGACGACACGUUAACUUUGAAGGUUUAACUAACAUUAACAUUUAUUUUCUCUGCACUGUUCUGGUCACAUUUCCGAUGGUACUGACAAGGAGUAUUAUUUUGAAAAUGUAGGGCUUCUUAAAUUGGUGAUUAUUUCUCUUAUUCACAUGACCUUUAUAUUGGUUCAAGGAAGAUUCUGUUAGGAGAAACUAAACUAGAAGCCAGUCACUCUUAAGAGUUAAAAGAUUAAACGAUUUUGUGAGAGAGGACAAAAAGAGUGUAACAUUCAAGGCAAAUUCUAUCACAAAUAUUUGUGGUUUUUUAAAGCUCGAAUAAGUUUAUAGCACCAAAUUUUUAAGUUCAAGAUGUUGCAGUAGAACUGUGUAAGUGCCUUAGUUCUUUAAGAAUUAAGAACUCUUAAGCUACUACGAUCGGAUUUUUCAACAUCAAUGAUUUUUAAACACUUUGUUCUGUUUAGGUGACACUACGAGGAGGAAUGAACAUAGAUCUGAUCGAUCAAAAGUUGCCAAUUUCCACAGAUUACUGCGGUAAGUUUUCGUUUAAUCGUAGAUUAAUUUGCAGUUUUAUGUGUGAUAAACACAAUGUGUUUUAACACAUUUUUUUGGAAUAAAGGGAGAGGAAGGCAGACGCCUAAAAAGAGUCUUAACUUUCUUUUGCAUUUUCAGGAGAGUAGAGACAAAUGCGAGUCUUAAUCCUUAAGAAAUAAUUUAUCGCUUUAUUUCGUUUAACCUGAAAACAAAACAAGAAACACAACAGCAACAACAAUAAUCACAAAAACGCGCAUGCUGUACCAGAUUAGAGACCUUUUUCUUUAAAUCAAACAUCGUGGCUCGUUGAGAUAUCGCAAGCUUACCAAGGUGCUAACCCGUGUCAUUUUUGUUCCCUAACAGGUUUUGUUCGCUGGUGGGAGAGCCGUGACAACGCUGGACGCAUCGCGCUGCUCGUGGCGUCUGCAUUUGUGGCCUUGUCAAUCGUUUCUUGUUGUUUCUGUUGCGGAUGUUGUUGUUGCUGCCGUUGUUGCCGCAAGAAGAACUCUGGAAUCGUUUGAUCCUAACCCCCCCCCAAGUCAGAGAUGGUAAGGUUGUGACAAAACCCCCCUGAACUCCCACAGUGACUAAGUCAUAAUUUCUCCUUACAAUAUCACUACAAUGUCAAACAGACAAGUGAUGAGAAUUACAAAAAUAUUAAUUAGGGGAUUAUUAAUUGAUUCAAUGCCAAAUUCUCCGAACUAGGGUCACAAUAAUUGUAUGGCAGAUAGUAAGGAGAAUUACCAAGAAGAUCUUAGAGAUGAAAGGGUUACUAGCGCAUUUCUAUAGAGCGCCUCAACUCUUCCUGAGUUUCCUGAGUUUACUGCGAUUGUAUGCAGUGUACAAAUUAAAAAAAAAAUAGAUAGAAUGUUAUUUAACACUUCCCUCUGACUCCUCUAACACAGGUUUUAACUCUGACUUUUCCCGCAGGUUCUAAGCUGCUCUACCUGGUCUUCAGUAAAACAAGUUUGCCGCUUUUAGAUACGCGUAGUGGUUACGUGACUAUACGCUUCUUUGUUAUUCGCUACCGUGAAUUUACAGUCAAAACGCAAUCAUGAUACUAUAACCUGAUUAUAAAGAUGGCCACUAAAUGUCGUAGUACCUAGUAAAAGUCGGUUCCAUGCUAAGUCGUAACUCUCUCAGUCUCAGUCACGUUGUGCAAAUAUAUUAGAAUGUUAGCUUGGCUCUAAGAGUAAGCGUGAUUUUUUUACCUCUUUUUUACGUUUUCAUUCGGGCGAACGCAAGCGUUAGGCGAGUGCAAAGAGUGGAUCACAUGUGGGAGGAAAAUCGCGAUUUUUUCGCGUUUAUCCUCUCGCGCGUGACUUGCCAUUCGUGGUCGCUCAGCGCGUGCUUCUGCUCGUCUGAAAAUACAAAACGUCAAUAAUAAUGAUAGUAACGAUAGGUUCAAGAUUUAUGAAGAUAAAAAAUGAUAAUGAUAACUUUGAUUUAAUAACUUAACAAGGUCAAAAGUACCUUUUUUCGAUAAGACUGUUCGUAAGAUUUUGAUUUUGAUGAAACUGUAACCAAGAGAAAGUAAAGAGUAUUUUUGGAGUCAACUUUUCAGUGAGUUAAAAGUUAAUGUAGAUUGCUUGAAACGUACUGUAAGACAGCUGAAGUAUAUGCAGUUCUUUAUUAUUUUUUUUAUUAAAAAACCUUUCUACAGAAUAAAACUUUGUAGACACUUAUUAUCGUAAGGUCCUGCACCAGUUUCUCUGCAAAUUAAAUAUGCGCCUUCUUUUAUUUCACUUUGGUUUUAGUCACCCCUCCCUCGCCCUCACCUUCGACUUUCCCUCUUUCGCCCCCACUACACCCCCCUUUCCUUCCCUCGCCCCCACCUCCCCCUCCUUCUUGUAGAUCAGGAGCACAUAUGUAAGACCUGACAUAAGUUUGCAUAAGCUCUUAUAAAAUUCGGUUACUCGUCUCUCCCCUUUCCCGUAAUUCCGCCAGUUACAAUUUCUAACUCGCAGGCUAAAUCUUAAAUCCCCACGGUGUAGGGUGUAAAUUGUAUAGAACUGCGGCGGAUAUUGUGUAGCAGUGCUCGCUCUCUCCAAGCAAGCCACAUUAAUUAUGGUUUGUUGUCCUUUGGAAGUGCGCCUUUACGAAUUCGAGUGGUCCUUUUCGUCUUAAAGUUGUUGAAAACCAGGGAAAACAUGAAUAAUUUACCCACAUAAAGCGGUCAACUUCCACUGCCGAACGCACGCUUUCUUUAUUUUUACUCCGACUUUGAUACGCGCUCCAUUCUGAGGUUUUCGAAUUCGCCCUGAUUAAAAAUAAACAUGACGGAAAUGAAACGACAUGAAUAUUCAAAGUUGAUUGUUUGCAUAUAUUAGGCAGAUCACAUGAACUCACAUUAUGGCGGUCAACUUUUGUACCGUCUUGGCCUCGGUUUGCCUUCUGUGUGCUGUUAUGGGUAAGUGACGAGAGGUUACGACACGAAAGUACAAAAUUGGCAAUGUUAUGCAGCGAUUGCAGUGUUCAAAGCUCUGUUAGAUUACAGUGCGAUCUAAUUUCUGGGGCACUGACUCACGCUACAAAUCUAUCGGGCGAGCAUCACAACAAUUCCAUAAAUGUUGUCAUUCCAGCGAAAGAUUAAUCGUUUUACGAGGAAUAUUUAUAAAGAGUUGUUCGAUUAUUUUUCGUAAUUUUCCGUUGACUUCAUACGCAUCGAUGGCUUUGGAGUUUGUGCAAUGUCAUGUUGUGACGGCGUGUGUAAAAUCUUCAGUUCAACAAUAACAAAUCCUAUUUACUAUUCAGAAAGAUGAUGGCGGAAACAUUAUACGUUUUUAAGCCUUUGAUAUCAAUAUUUCCGCUUUGACAUAGAAUUUAAAUGUGAGUUAAGUAGUAAAGGGAAGGUUUUGAAUUUAUUUUUUAAUCUGCGAGCUCUUUCAAAUGAAAGGGUCGGGUUGAGCCAUAUGGCACUUCGCAAGGUUGAAUUGCAAUAUUCUGCUAAAAAACUGGUAAUUUUGAAUGACGCUUUGCCGACAUUCUGAACCUAAACGUGCGUUGCCCGAACAGAUUAUUUGAAAAUAUCUAGUUGAGCGUGCACGUUCAACUUCAUGCCCAGAAAAGUGAAUUGUUGUCCAUAAUUUCUGUUUGUUAUCACUCUUGUUUGCGGCAGCAACAUCGAAUUCUGUCACAAUGUUGGGUGAGACACCAUAUUAUGAAGACAGCGAAAAUAUUCCCCCUUCAGAUGCUAUCUAUUAUUUUCGAAAGUGAAACUUUCAUGUGCUUAGUUAGCGAAAAUAAGUCGCUCAAAAUAGAAUGUUGGUGAUGCAUUCAUGACACAAUUUAAAUACUUCAUUAUUCCUCCCAUUAUCCAACUGGCUACGUUGGUGGUAAACUUUAAUCAUGGCAGUUUAGUAAGAUUUGCGACCGGACGCUGCUCCCCCCGCUCCUUUCAUACCUAUGGAUUUUUUUAAUACUUGACCAACAUUUUUGCAACAACAGUGUUGCAUCUUGCUACUAAAGUGUCUGACCGCGCAAACGAAGGUGGGAGGGGGGGGAGGGGCGGGUGGAGUGGUUAGAGUAUCAAAAAUUCUCGGAUCCGCCCCUGAAAAUCAUAGCUACUUGAAACUCCAUUUCUUUUCUCCUAGUGGAAGGAAACGAUGAAGACCGUGAUUACAGAGACUUUUAUGAGUAUGAUGACGACGAUAAUGGCAUCAAAAAAGCUGAAAAAUGCCCCGAUAUUAACUUACCUAGAGGUCUUGGCGGCCCUUGCAAAGUCAGUGAUUUUUGCAGCAAUAUUACUUGCGAGGUGAAGGUGGGGGAGAAGAGUGCCACCUUAAUUUUCAAAAUAAACCAGUGUGAUGAUCCCAUCACUGCCACAGUCACUGUCAAGAUACAAGGUUAUGCAGUUGAUUGGUCGCAUACAUUUAAAGAUGGUGAAAAGAUCAAGUUUCCGCUUGGGAAGGAAUCCGGUGUAAUGGCGCAAGGAUCAGUUUCACUUUUGGUUGUGUUGAAAAGAGAAGGCAAAAAGUUGCAUUUUAAGGUA